ACAUUUUCGGCACAACACCGGACCUGCCAAAUAGCCUACUAACUUUUUGCCAUCCAACUUCAGCAGUGGUCUCUCAAUAGCUGUAGGUAGGCUGCUACGAGCCACAGCCCCACCUUGCAGGGAACACUACUCCGUCUCGGACUUCACAGAUAACAACAUUCUGAGACAGACGGCUCAACCUCCACAGUCUGAACAGAUAGUCUUCAUGGACUAGAGGGGAUGGCUGCGCGACCGAGACUAUUUUACCUACUCACAACUUUAUUCCUGUUUUUCAACUACUACUCUGCAUUACCGGCGACUGGCACCAAGAGAGGAAACUCGGAUAAAUGCAACUAUAAGGGGCUCCAGGUUCAGUCAAGUUCUGACGAGAAUGGUCGGAAGCUCGGGGUCACAUUCCGAACAGACAAUUGCUCUGUGAACUGGAGCCCAUUGGGGAAGCAUGCCAUCUAUGAGGUGAACAAUGUGACGUUCAGCCACCUCUCCUGUGACAGCCAGGCUGCUGUGGUGGUCCACUGGAUGAGCAGCCCUCUGGGUAUAGAGCAUGUGAAGGGCUUCAGAGUUUACCUGGAGGACAAGGACCCAGAGGGGAAGCAGUGUCAGCACAUGAUCCUCAAAGACCCACGACAGCUCAAUUUUUCUUACAGCAAUGUGAAGAUGAACUCUCAGGCCUUCCCUGGCCUGGCCUUUGAGAUGGACUACAUGGUUCGGAUUGUUCCUUUCCCCACCUUCAUGAAUGACAGCUUCUUCCCGCCGUCCUUCCUGCGCACCAACUCCUGUGAAGUGCUUCUGGGACCCGACAACCUUGUCUGCAAACCAUUCUGGAAGCCCAAGACCCUCAACAUCUCUCAGCGGGGCACCAACCUCCAUGUUGUCUUUGACCACGCCCCCUCCACCUUUGGCUUCACCGUUUACUACCUGUACUACAAACUACGACAGGAGGGACCCUUCAGGCUCAAACGCUGCAACCCGGAGUUAAAUCUGCCCAAAACAACAUGUGUUCUUCAAGAUGUGAUACCAGGAACCUAUGCCAUUGAGCUGCGAGAUGACACCAACACCACCAGGAGACAGGCCCAGUACCACGUGAGCCAGGCCCACUCCCCGUGGGCAGGUCCUAUCAGAGCCAUGGCCAUCACUGUUCCUCUGGUCAUCAUUUCUGCCUUUGCUACACUCUUCACCGUCAUGUGCCGCAAAAAACAACAAGAGAACAUCUACUCCCAUCUGGACGAGGAGAGCUCUGAGUCAUCGUCUCACACCACAGCUCUGAAUGCAGACAGGCCCUGGCCCCGGACCAAGGUGUUUGUCUGCUACUCCACUAAGGACUGCCCCAAACACCUCGCUGUCAUACAGAGCUUCGCCUUCUUCCUCCAGGACUUCUGUGGCUGUGAGGUGACUCUGGACCUAUGGGAGCACCUGCAGAUCUGUAAGGAGGGCCAGAUGUCCUGGCUGAGCCGGCAGAUAGAUGAGGCUCACUACAUCAUCACUGUCUGCUCCAAGGGCCUCAAGUACUACGUAGAGAAGAAAAACCGCAGAGGGAAAUCACCAGCCAGAACUUGCCCUGGAGGUGGUGGAGCAGCAGCUGCAGCAGCGAAUGGAGCAGAGCUCUUCAUCGUUGCCGUGGCAAUGAUCGCAGAGAAGCUUCGCGAGGGGUGCCAGAAAGACCAGGACCUGUCUCGUUUCAUGGCCAUCUACUUCGACUACUCCCACGAGAGCGAUGUCCCCACCAUGCUGAGCCUGGCUCCCAAGUUCAAGCUCAUGGAUCAGCUCCCUCAGAUGUUCAGCCUCCUCCACUCUCGACAGCUCAGUUUACCAGAGCGUGAACCGCAGCCUCUCAACAUCAGCAAGAGGAACUACUUCCGGAGCAAGUCGGGGCGGUCUCUAUACGUAGCCAUCUGUAACAUGCACCAGCACAUUUCUCUGGAGCCUGAUUGGUUCGAGAGGCAGCUGAUGCCUGCCCCCCCAGCCCCGCCUCCGAAGCAGCGUGAUGCUGCCGGAGCGUCUUCAUCAUCAUCACCUCACAUGGGGAAGUUUGACUCUGGGCUGGUGCUCAAUGAGGUUCUGUUUAAGUUGCCAUCAGAAAGUGAGGGUACUCUGAAGAGGAAUGUGCUGCUCACGUCUCUCCCACCCAACCUCCGUCUGGCCCACUGCUCCCUGGACAGACCUGUGGGGCCUGGGCCCGGCUCCAGCCUCUCUCAGGGGGAGAUCGGGGGGCUGUCUGGGGCCUCACCUGGUCUGGGUCCUCUGGGUCUGGGGUCUCUGAGGCCUGUGGUCCCUCCCCAGGCUGGGGACGGCUCGGCCAGUCCUCCAGAGAUGCCCAGGGACUCGGGGAUCUAUGAUUCAUCAGUGCCUUCCUCUGAGCUGUCCAUCCCCCUCAUGGAGGGCCUGUCACCUGACCAGGCUGACUCCUCCUCUCUGGCCGAAAGCGAAUCAUCUUCUUCCGGACUGGGUGAUGAGGAGCCACCUGCUGUCAGCUCUCUGCGCUGCGCCAUGGCAACCAUCUGUAAAGCUGAGCUCCACCAACAACAUCUAAAGCAGUCUGAAGGACUGGGGCUCCCUCCUGUUCCUGUUGCUCCCUUGUAGUGAACGGAACAACAACUUUACAUUACCUGGACACGCAGAAAGACACUUUACUGCCUUCAAUGACACUGCCUUGAUACAGACCAUCAUCCCGAGUUGUACUAGCUAUCUAAAACAUUGGAUCCCAAAUGAACAGUGUACGGUAACCAAGCCCAUGGAUGUCAGUGAUGUCAUCUGCUUUGGAAUCUCUGUGGACUUGUGGCUGAUAGAACACUGAGGAAUGAUGAUGUCAUUGUUUUAGAACACAGAGGGUUUUGUGAAUGUUCUAAGUUGUGUGAAGGCAAGGCGUUAUUUAAUCAAAUGGUUCUAUGUUGUUUUGCAGCGCUGUCCUGUAUUUGUUAGUGGUCUAAAGGUGUUUAUUUUAGACUAGGCCAGAUCUUCCCUUUAAAACAUCCCAUACCAGGUUACUAGUUCACUAACACAUCUGCUUCAACUCCUCUAAUAAUCAUCAACCCUUGAUUACUUGAAUUAGGUGUGUUAGUGCUUGGCUUGAACAAAAACUCUGCAGCUUGAACAAAAGCUCUGCGACUUCAACACCAGAUGUAGUGUGUUUCUAACUGGGACAAUUCCGUGAGCCAGUGGUGAUGACCAUGCUCUUUUGAGUGGGAGAACGUUAGUUUGUUACUUCAUUUUAAUUGAUUGAAAAUUAUGAAAUAUGAAAUUACUUUUUAAGGAUACAAGGUGCGUCAAAACACUUUUACUUGUUUUUUUAAUGUAGUUUUCACACCAAUUUGUUUUACUAAUAGAAAAGGUUUAACACCUCUUGUAUAAGAGAUCAGAUAAAUUGUGAGUACCUAGGGCUGUGGCGGUCAUGACAUUUCGUCAGCCAGUGUUUGUCAAGCAAAUAACUGUCGGUCUCACGGUAAUUGACCGUUAAUUAACAUAAACACAUUGAGCAUCUCCUGGUUUCCACACACAGCCUACAAGCCACGGAUGCAGACCUUUGGAACAUCUACAUUUUAAAAAGUCUAAUAAAUCCAUGUAAUAAAGCCUACACCUUCACAAUAAAUCCAUUAUUUAUUUUAGACAGGUCUAAAGAAACAUGAUAUGAAGAAAAUGUAGUCUAUUUCAGAAGAACUGAAGAGCAUAUUCUGAGUUGUCCUUAUGUUAGGUCCUGAUCUGGCUAUGAAAAACGGCUGUGGGCUACGAUAGUUAAUUUAGCAGACAAAAUUUGGUUAGAAUUCCGUGGCAUUAUUUUAUAUUAUGAAGAAUACAAUUGAACAAAGCUGAAUAAAAUAGAGAGGAUGUUUUCUCCAAAUGAUUUGAGGGAGUGAACACAUGUGCUAUUGUGUUUUGAGCAGUUAACAAACAAAUAGGUAUUCCUAUGUGCUUCAUUUAUAGUUGUUAAUGUAACUUUAGUUGUUCUACAAACGUUGGGCUAUAUGUUUUGAUUUUUAAUACAUUGUAAGGCUGCAUGCUGAGACUAAUGAUGAUUUGAAAAAAGGUACUUGAAAGGCAUCUGCUUUGUUGUUUUUUUGCGCAGGCUGUAGCUUACACACUUCAUCAGUCUCUCAUUCACAAUUUGACAAGCGCUUGACAAUGCCUUGAAUUUCCCAGGGGUAUCCCCUUUGUGUGGCCGAUGCACCCCAAAAAAAAAAAUGUUGUGCGUUUUGCGGCCAGUACCCGUUGUUCCUUUCUCCCUGAUUGCUACAUGCUUCGAAGCACCCCUCACUCACAUGGCUCAGGUCUUUCUCACAGGCUACAAGUGAAGACAGGCACAUCGGGGAUGCAACUGCGUCCUCAUCCAAUUCAGAGGUACAUAUUGAACAUAUUGGAAGAACGUUCCACAUUUAUUUUUUGUCAACAAACAAUAUGAGUAAGCCUAAAGAACAGCAAAAGCACUAGCCUAUGUCAAUCUACUAUCCCCCAUAGUACAACAGUUGACUUAUUCUAUUCUGUGUGAGAAAUAAAUAUUCCAAACAUAGUCUGGGACAGUUGUGGGAUGCGAUAGAUCCCAAAUUAAUAACCACUAGCAUCAAAAAAGCUUUUUUUACGCGAUGAGACUGAUGCAACAGAUCAGAACGUUUAGCUUAAAAUGUGAUAAACUAUUAGGCUAUUUCAUCACAUUAUAAGCGCAGCAAUGCGCACAUGGCAGUAGGCUAUAAGCGGAAUGUUCCAUUAGCGGGAAAACACCAUUAUCAAAAGUAACUGCAAAUGCUAUUAUGCAUGUAAUGAUUUUAUUAUAAAGGUGCAUUUUUAUGCUGAAAAUGUUCUUCCCCGAACUGAAACUCACGCGCUGCUUAUGUAUGCCAGUUAGGCUUUACACCUCUUGUAAAGCAGAUUAAUGUGCUUAAUUUUAAGAAAUUAUUUGGCCACUUUAGAUGUGAUACAAACCUUAUCAAAACAUAUAGACCUAUGGGCUACAUGAGGUGUGUAACUAUGAUUAGAAAAAGUCACACAAAAAAGUGAUUGUUUCCUGCAAUAUUAGCCUAUCAAUAUUAGUGAUAGGCUAAUAUUGUCACCCAUCAGAUCUUGAUUUAAUAUUGUCUUUACAUAUACUAAAUAAUAUAUGUGUGAAAUUUGUUUGGAUUUAGAAUGGAUCAUUAUCAUGCACCUGUCUCGAAACGGGGUCAGAAUAGGAAAAAUACAUGUCAUCUAUGCACUUAAAUAGCCAAUGGAGGACGCUUUUCCCCGUGUGGUUUAUUUUCAUGCCAGCCAGGUAGGUUAAGCUCCUGUUGUAAAGAUAAGCAAAAUAAAUGAUAAUGAGAAAUAAAUAUAGUAGGCUUAGCCUAUAGAAAGCUGAUCCUUCUAUUUUUAGUAGAGGCCAUCACUCUAUUUUCUCACGCAAUUGCAUAGCCUAUAGAAAUGUUGCUCAACAGGAGCUCAUGGGCUCUCAUGAAGUGUUUGAUUAGAUUUCCCAUCACAUUUGCAUUGACGUCAGAGUGAUUAGAGAGACAAUAGAGUGCUGAGUACCGGGCAGUUAGCAAGAUUGGUAGACUCCUAAUGACCAGCAGCAGCAUCAGAGCUUGGAGAAAGCCGGGGUUGCGGUAAUAUGGUCACCGCCCCAGGAGUACCCACACUCUCUUUGAUCAUAUAUUUGACACCAGCAGUUCUGCAUUUUUUUUUGUCUCAAUCAGAGGAGUGGACAGAGGUGUCCAUUUUAGGAGCAAUUUCAUAAAAUAAAUGCCUUUAUUUGAAACUUGGAAAAUAUACUGUUAUUCAACUCUUAAAGAGAAAAAAUCGAAUUCAGCCUUAUGGGGUCUUCAGUAUACAGCGCAUUCGGAAAGUAUUCAGACCCCUUGACUUUUCCCCCAUUUUGUUAACGUUACAGCUGUAUUCUAAAAUAGAUUAAAUUAACAAAUGUGGUCAUCAAUCUACACACAAUACCCCGUAAUGACAAAGUGCAAACAGGUUUUUAGAAAUGUACAGAAAAUAAAAAACAGAAAUACCUUAUCUACAUAAGUAUUCAGCCCCUUUGCUAUACGAUUUGAAAUUGAGCUGAGGUGCAUCCUGUUUCGAUUGAUCAUCCUUGAGAUGUUUCUACAACUUCAUUGGAGUCCACCUGUGGUAAAUUCAAUUGCUUGGACAUGAUGUGGAAAGGCACACACCUGUCUAUAUAAGGUCCCACAGUUGACAGUGCAUGUCAGAGCUAAAACAAAGCCAUGAGGUCGAAGGAAUUGUCCAUAGAGCUCUGAGACAGGAUUGUGUCAAGGCACAGACCUGGGGCAGUAUUGAAGGUCCCCAAGAACACAGUGGCCUCCAUCAUUCUUAAAUGGAAGCAGUUUGGAACCGCCAAGAGUGUUCUUAGAGCUGGCUGCCUGGCCAAACUGAGCAAUCGGGGGAGAAGGGCCUUGGUCAGGGAGAUGACCAAGAACCCAAUGGUCACUCUGACAGAGCUCCAGAGUUGAUCUGUUCAGAUGGGAGAAUUUUACAGAAGGACAACCUUAUCUGCAGCACUGAUCAAACAUCUCUGGAGAGACCUGAAAAUACCUGUGCAGCGACACUCCCCAUCCAACCUGACAGGGCUUGAGAGGAUCUGCAGAGGAGAAUGGGAGAAACUCCCCAAAUACAGGUGUGCCAAGCUUGUAGCGUCAUACCCAAGAAGACUCGAGGCUGUAAUCGCUGACAAAUGUGCUUCAACAAAGUACUGAGUAAAGGUUCUGAAUACCUACAUGAAUGUGAUAUUUCCAUUUUUUUUAAAUAUACAUUUGGACCAUUUUCUAAAAAACUAUUUUUGCUUUGGCAUAAUGGGGUAUUGUGUGUAGAUUUUAUGAGGGGGAAAAAACAAUUUAAUCAAUUUUAGAAUAAGGCUGUAACAUAGCAAAACGUGUAAACGGUCAAGGGUUUUAGUACCAGUCAUUUUUAGAGCUUUGUAAAUAUGCAAAAGUAGUUACAUAAAAUCUAUUUUAUUCCAGUUUUGUAUAGUUUUUAGAUUCUUCGUUUUUUUUCUACAUUAUAUACAUACAGUGUACUGUUUUAUAGUACUCUAAUGUAGGAAAUAAACAUACAUUGAAAUAAA